GCGAAGGUAGGAAGUUAUUGACACUCUCGUUUCGCAUCUCGUUGGCAGUUCCCCAAUUUUCAACAUCUGCGUAUAAUGUGCUAUUUCAGCUGCUACAAAGAUUUGCAAUUGAUGCAAGUAUGGCUGAUGCGCAUGCCCGACGCCAAUGUAUUCAACAAGAGCGCAAAAAGAGGCGAGAGACUUGUGCCAACGCCCAUGAGGAAGUUCCCAAACGGAUGCUAGCCAUCCUGACUGACACUAGCCAUCUCGCACUUUGAUCUUCGCUCGUCUGUUUGUAACUGGCAACGCGGAGCAGGAACUAAUGUAACGUUGAUGCAUUGCGAGACGUCUGCGCUGACCAUCCAAUCGUGAACGGAAAGCCGACGGGCUUUCUCUGUUUGGACAGGAUUACACUAAAGAAAAACGAAUUUACAGCAUUUCUACGAAUCCCGUUUGAAGAAGCAGUCAUCUUCGUCACGCUUAAUUGCUAGUUUCUUACCUCCAAGAUUCGAAUAAUUCCUGCGCUACAGCCAUGUAUGGCAUGUUGUUGGAGUCCGUGCAACAUUUCAUUCAGCUCGAGUAUGGAGAAGAAACUUGGCUGGGCAUUUUAGAAAGCGUCGGCUAUCGGAACACGGUUUUUCGUACCCACCACAUCUAUCCGGACGAACUGAUCAUGAAGCUGGCCGAUGCUGCCGUCAAGCUUGUUGCCAAUGGCUCAACCCGACAGGACUUUUUACGUUUCUUCGGCCGCUGUUUCGUCCGUUACUUCAGUCACUACGGCUAUGAAAAGUUUAUCAAAGUUUGUGGACGCUACUUCUGCGACUUUCUCACCGGUAUCGACAACAUCCAUUUGCAAAUGAGAUACAUGUAUCCAAAAAUGGUUUCUCCGUCCAUGUACAUCUCCCACGAAGACUCUGAAGGCGUCGUGCUUCAUUACCGCACAACACGCAACGGCUUCUGCCCUUAUUUGAUUGGUCAGUUGCACCAGAUUGCCAACGAUUUCUACGGAAUCCAAUUGGCAGUCGAAGAACUACCAAACACGACUUUCAGCCAAGAGGAAUCCUAUCAGUUUCGCUUUCGACUGAACUUCGAUAACCGAGACUAUAUGGCUGGCCGAGCGGCUUGUAAUGGCUCGCUGGAACUCGGUCGAAUAAAUAUUUCGAAUCGAGUAUCAGUUAAAACAAUAGCUGCGGAAAAAGCGCUGACGUCGCUAUCGUCAAGCAUCCUGAUGCAGCUAUUUCCCUUCACGUUGGUCUUCCGUCCGAGUCUCAAGAUCAUAUCGGCAGGACGUCAGUUGAAGAACAUGUUUCCGGGCAAUACGCUGAUUGGCCAAGCGUUGCCUGAUGUUGCCAGAAUUCGCCGACCAAAGCUCCUUUUCACAUGGGACAAUUUAUACAACCUUCAAAAAGUUCUCUGCGAAAUGGAGAUAUUGCCUACAAGUCAAACAGAAAGGAAAAACACGCGCCAUUUGGCUCCCGAAAAAGGGGACGCAGUGGUAAAUAAAGUAGCAAAAGAGGAAAACCGACGUCUUUUACUGCAAGGACAAUUGCGCUACCUAUCGGAUUGGGACGCCAUGAUUUUCCUCUGCAAUCCCUUAAUCAACAAUUUGGAAGACAUGGAUGGAAUGGGAUUGACAGUUAACGACCUUAGCCUUCACGGCCACGGACGCGAUAUGGUCAUGGCCGGUUGGCAACAUAAUUCACGGCUGGAAGAUCUGUACGAGAGGGCCGAAGAGCGGUCACAACAGCUUCAACAAACGUACGAGCUGCACGACGAGUGGAAAAAGCGCGGUGACAAGUUGCUCUACUCGAUGAUCCCUCAGUCGGUAGCAGAUAGCUUGCGUAGCGGCACUGAUCCAGUAGACACAUGUCAGGGCACAAGAAUCCUUUGUGCUUUCGAAAGUAUCACGGUCUUGUUCGUUGAAUUAGCAAACAUCGACGAAAUCACAGCCACCAGUCCCAUGGAAGCGGUCAGUUGCAUGAACUCUGUCUUCUCCUGUUUUGAUAACAUAAUCGAUCAACACAGCGUCUACAAGGUGGAGACUGUGGGUAAAGUGUACAUGGUGGUCGGUGGCGCACCGGAAACAAAUGAGACUCACGUUCGUGAUGUAGCUAUGGUUGCAAUCAGUUUCCGUGACGAAAUCGAAAAAAUUGUGAACAGUUGUGAAAUGUCUGUGCACAUUCGCAUAGGUUUUCACACGGGAUCGGCAGUUGCUGGUGUCGUUGGAAGAAAAAUGCCUCGCUAUUGUUUUUUUGGCGACACAAUCAACACGGCGGCUCGCAUGCAAACAACGAGUUUGCCGGGGAAGAUCCACAUCUCUCACAACUCUUUUUGCCAUUUGCAGAAGUUGGAGGGAUUUGUCUGCGAGUUGCGUGGAACGGUGCUUGUUAAGGGCAAAGGAGAGAUGAAUACUCACUGGUUACUGAGAUACGAACUGCCGUCCGUUGGAGAACCGGAAUGAUUUCCAUUAAUCUCAUCGGUUUUCUUCCGCAUCAAUACGUCCAAUUUCACGCUGAUCUGCAUUACAAUAGAAAUAAUCGAUCUCAAAAAUUACAGGUCGGCCAAACGUAGGCAAAUUUUGACAAUGUUUAGACGAGCACCAAACACAUGUUGAUCUUGUUAGCCGAAUUUACGUUGGUUUCCUACGUGAACAAAACCCAAAAUACCAAUCGCAUUGUUCAAAAAAGACAAACGAACUUUAGACAUC